UCCGUUCGUUGAAGCGCUCACAACAACCACAACAACCCACCCGAUUAAUAUCAUCAUCAUGAGCUUCGCUCUGCUGCCUGUCUGCUUUCAUCACCGGUUAUAUUACAUCUCUGAUCAAGUGUUUUAAAAGCUGACAAGAUAUAUUUAUAACCAAGAACCAUUCGCUUCUGACAUAUUGGGGACAAUCAUCCACGGUGACAAACGCAACAGCUGUGACAUGGGGAACGUUUAGAGAUGGAGAAACAGAUAAGUUCUGGUGAUGAGGACGGUUCUGGGGAGAGGGGUCUGCUCCACACGUGGAGGGGAUAUUCCUACAGCACCACACCAGAGCGGGUGCUGCUCUCCCGGCCUGUGCUCCAGGCUGCUCUGGGAGCUAGACAUGGUGUUCUGCUAGUAGAGGGGGGACAAGUCUACAGUUUUGGUGAGUUGCCUUGGAAACAAAACCAAACAUCAUCAGUAGUGACUGAGCCUGUUUUGGAGGCAGUGCUUAGCGAACAACGUGUUGUUUUUGUGGCUGCUGGCUCCGCCCAUAGUGGAGUAGUAACGGAGGAUGGAGGUGUGCACAUGUGGGGAGAAAAUGCUCAUGGCCAGUGUGGCCUGUCGGGACUCUCUGUUAUCCCUAACCCCACACCUGUGGCCGUGCUUGACUCUGAGGCCACGCCCCCUCAGACGGUGAAGAUCCUGGAGGUGGCAUGUGGGGAUCAGCACACUUUGGCUCUUUCAGCCAAGCAUGAAGUCUGGGCUUGGGGCAGCGGGUGCCAGCUGGGCCUGAACACAUCAACGUUUCCUGUCUGGAAGCCCCAGAAGGUAGAGCCCCUGGCCGGAAGGCACGUGUUGCAGGUGGCCUGUGGAGCCGCUCACAGCCUGGCUCUGGUGCGAUGUCUCCCCCCUCCGCAGGAGCCUCGGAAACCCCCUCAAGACAAGUGCGGUCAGUGCCAUCAGCUGCUGUACACUAUGACGGACAAAGAGGACCAUGUCAUCAUCUCUGAUGGCCAUCACUGUCCACUAGGUGUUGAGCAGGACAGCGGCGAGACCAAGUCUGCAUUAGAAGGCAGCCCAGAACAGGGUAAACAAGGCAAAAGCUCUCCUACAGAACCUGUUCCAUCCAUGUCCACCCAGAUCCCAAGAUCACCCACCUCAAGCACAAUCCCUGACAGCACACCUGCCUCUGAAUCCCAAAAUCAGGUUCCUGCAUCUAGCCAAGAACCUGCAGAACCAACCAUAGAAGACUCGACUGAACCUGAAGCUCCAGUCACAAAUGGAGAGGUUUGUGUCGAAGCCUCAGAGUCCUGCACCCCUGAGCCGGACAGCUGUCGAGCCAUAGGGGGGAAGUGCUCCCCAUUCCCCGAUGAGCAGGCAGUGAAGGCCUAUCUUAAGAGACUUUCUGAUCAUGCCCUGGCAGAGCACACCACCAAGACCCCCACGAUUCAUUCUGCUCAGCUCUCCAGUGACCCCACUGAUCCUUUCACCUCUGACCCCUUGAUCCCGGUCGCCCAGUCUGUGACUCCAAUGGGCUCUGCGUUGAACAACUUGGUGGUGUCCUGUGCCUCUGCAGUGGGGGAACGUGUAGUGUCUACAUAUGAAGCUCUCUCUCUGAGAAAAGUCAUUGGUUACUGGGUUCCAGGAGAGGGCCGUGAGCGAGUGGAGGAGAGACUCCGUCUGGAGGAGCCCAUGCAGGGGAAGAAAAGCUCCAGCCUGGGGGAUAUCCGAGAGGAGGAGGCGGAGCUCAGCCGUCGCCUGUCCCUGCCUGGCCUGCUCUCUCAGGGUACACACGCUCUCCUUCUCUUACACCCAGUGUACCGUCUCCUGUCUCCUCGUCUUUUGCGCCGAACAAGCCGCCCCCGUGCACGGGCCAUCCCGCUCUCUCCAGGAGGCAUACCUGAGGCCGAUGCCCACCUGCCUUCUUUGCAGACAGAAGUGUGGAGCUGGGGCCGAGGCCAGGAAGGGCAGCUUGGACAUGGUGACAUCCUUCCCAGACUGCAGCCCAUCUGUGUAAAGAGUCUGAAUGGUAAAGAGGUGUUGAGAGUGGCUGCAGGUGCUCAUCACUCUCUCGCCCUGACCGCCCAAUCACAGGUGUUUUCCUGGGGCUGCAACACUUCUGGGCAGCUUGGACACAUGGAAUCACCCACCACCUUCCCUCACUUAACCAAGCUGUCAGAUGGGAUUCGCGUGUGGGAUAUAGGGGCGGGUCAACAACACACUCUCUUAUUGGCUGAUGGAGACUGUAUCCAGCCAAUCCUGUACUACAGUGGGCAGCAGGUGAAAGAGGUGACGGAGGUGACGGAGCAAACAGAGGAGGAGGAGCAGACCGGAGAAUACACACAGCAACCGGUGCUGCUGCCCUUUUGUAUGAAUUUGGGCUAUGUAAGCAGUGUGUGCUCAGGAGGACGGACUUGUGCGGCGCUGACUGAUCGUAAUGUAAUGGGUUUUAUUGCCAGUCUGCAUGAGCUGGCGGCUGCAGAGAGGAAAUAUUACUGCAAACUCAGCAAUAUCAAGAGUCUUCUGCUCCAGCCAUUGCUCAAACUGGAUUCUCUAAGCUCCACCCUCGGUCAGUCCACUGCAGGGCUGCUGCAAAAUCUGAUUGGACGAUUGAGUCGGCUGUCUCAGCUCACGGGUCAAAACUCUGCCUCUCUAACCUCCUUCCUGCGGCGUUCACGUGAUAUCCGAGGUCUUGUUAUUCUUGACGACGCACAUCUGUUCCUGGACACACAUUCAGAGUACUGUUCUGCAGUGGGUGAUCUCUUAGUCAUGGGAGGGUUUCAAGCCCUUGUCAAACCUUGCCAUGAUGUGUUUGGCAAGGGGGCAGAGGUUGUUCAGAGGUUGUCUGAAUGUUCUGAAGAGGGUUUGCCCUUAGCGGACAUUCUGGCGCAUCUCUUUUACCUGCCCAUAAAGCACCUGCAUGAAUAUGGGCGACUGCUGCUGAAACUGGCUACCUGCUAUGAGGUGAGUUCUGUGGAUUAUCAGAAGCUGCAGGAUGCCUGCUCAAAGUAUGAAUCCAUGGCUCUUCAUCUGAAGAAGAGGAGGAAGGAAGCUGAAUACACGCUCCACUUCUGGAAGAGCUUUCCUGGAAAGAUGACCGACUCUCUUCGUAAACCAUCUCGUCGGCUGAUCUGUGAGAGCAGUAAUAAGGCUUUAACUCUUCAGAACGCAGGACGUUUUUCCGUCAACUGGUUCAUGCUGUUCAACGAUGCACUUGUUCACGCACAGGGCAUGGUCCCCUAUAAGAGUCUUUUUUCCACUCAUCACGUCUUUCCAUUGGCUACUCUGUGGGUGGAGCCGAUUUCUGAGGAGAACACGGGCCUAUAUGGUUUAAAAGUGACUUCACCUGAAGAGAGCUUCACUCUGCUGGCCUCGUCUCCAGCUGAAAAGGCAAAAUGGCUUCGUUCUAUAAACCAGGCAGUGGAGCAGGCGCUUAGCGGACUGGGGCAUGAUGGGAUACCGUCUUCUACAGGGGUGACACAGAGAGCAGACCCGCCAAUUUCACGGACGGCAUCGUACACGUUCUACAAAGACAGUCGGCUCAAGGAGGCCACGUACGAGGGCCGUUGGGUCUCAGGGAAACCCCAUGGACGGGGCGUGGUUAAAUGGGUCGAUGGACGAAUGUACACAGGGACAUUCAAGAACGGCCUUGAAGAUGGUUUUGGAGAUUACAUUGUGCCGAACAAAAACCUGAACAGCUGUGAUCAUUACCAAGGGCAAUGGAAGGAUGGCAAGAUGCACGGCUUUGGAACAUUCAGGUAUGCAUCUGGUGAAGUGUACGAGGGCUCAUUUCAAGAUAACAUGCGUCACGGUCAUGGGAUGUUGCGUAGUGGGAAGCUGAAUUCCACCUCCCCCAGUGUCUUCAUCGGCCAGUGGCAGUAUGACAAAAAAUCUGGCUAUGGAGUUUUUGAUGACAUCACCAGAGGGGAGAAGUACAUGGGCAUGUGGUUGGAUGAUCAGCGGCAGGGGAACGGAGUUGUUGUUACACAAUUUGGCCUGUACUAUGAAGGUGCUUUUAGCAACAACAAAAUGAUGGGGACUGGGGUGUUACUGUCUGAAGAUGACACCACAUUUGAAGGGGAAUUUUCAGAAGAUUGGACUCUAAAUGGAAAGGGUGUGUUGACCAUGCCAAAUGGAGACUAUAUCGAAGGCUCUUUUAGUGGGGUUUGGGGAACCGGACUAAAGAUGUCAGGUUCCUACUACAAACCCAGCCUCUACGACUCAGACAAGGAGAAGGCUCAUGCACUUAAACUGGGCAGGUUAGCGGUUCACUCCGAAGAUAAGUGGAAGGCCGUGUUCAUGGAGUGCUGGAACAGGCUCGGCUGUGAUUCUCCCGGACAGGGACAAACCACUACAGCGUGGGACAGCAUCGCCGUAGCGCUCACUGCUAACCUGAGACAGCAGAGAGACAGUCCAGAGUUGCUGAGUCGCUCUCAUCACAAAACGCUGGAGAGUCUGGAGUUCAUCCCUCAGCAUGUGGGUCCUGUGACUUUAGAGGUGUAUCACACAAUCCGUCGGUACCUUGUCAAGGCAUGUGAUACCCCACUGCAUCCUCUGGGUCGGCUAGUGGAGACAUUGGUUUCGGUGUACCGUAUGACAUACGUUGGUGUCGGGGCCAACCGCAGAUUACUGCACCAGGCCGUCAAUGAGAUCAAGUCCUAUCUCAGCCGCAUCUUCCAGCUCGUCAGAUUCCUCUUUCCUGAUCUGCCAGAGGAAGGAGGUUCACUGGCUGACCCUCCAAAAGAGACAAGCGGCUCAGACCCUGCUGGGAAGCAGCUUGAGUCUCCUAAACCUGGGUGUGUGGUCAGCAGCUCUGCUCUCCUCCUGCCGGUGCUGUUGCCACGUCUCUAUCCUCCUCUCUUCACUCUCUACGCUUUAGAGAAAGAGAAGGAGGAUGAUGUGUACUGGGAGUGUGUGCUCCGACUCAACAAACAACCAGACCUGGCGCUGCUCGCCUUCCUCGGGGUGCAACAGAAGUUUUGGCCUGUGACUGUUACAGUACAUGGAGAAAAACAACAGGUUCUCUCAAGCACUAAAGACAGCUGUUUUGCCUCAGCGGUUGAGACUUUACAGCAAAUAAGCACAACUUUCACCCCCUCAGACAAGCUUCAGGUCAUCCAGCUGACCUUCGAGGAGAUAACCCAGGAAGUACUUGCACUUCUGAAACAGGAUUUCUUGUGGUCUAUGGAUGACCUGUUUCCUGUCUUCCUCUUUGUUGUUCUGCGUGCACGGAUAAGGAAUCUGGGGUCAGAGGUCAGUCUCAUCGAGGACCUGAUGGAUCCAUGUGUACAACAUGGAGAGCAUGGCAUCAUGUUCACCACACUCAAGGCAUGCUACUAUCAAAUCCAGCAUGAGAAGGUCACAUAAUGAACACGUAAUGAUCUCUCCAAACCCAUCUGGUAAGGCAGUGCAAUGACUGACAAACUGACCAGCCAAACAUAGUGUUCUCGAGACAGCGCUUGCCAUGACUUGAUGUGUGAGGAGCCAAUCAUGUUCUGAGCCUGGAUCACAUGGCCGGCGAAGGGUGAUUCCAUGAAAUCUGAGCUCUCACAUUCAAACAGUCCAGUUUAUGUGCAAGUCAGUCUUUGGUUUGGUAUUUAUUAACAUAUAUUCUUUAUAUUUUUGUGUCUUCCUCACUCAAAAAGCCUUUUAACUGCUGCCAUUCCAUCAUACAACAGAUAUAUUGUUCUUUUAUUAAAGAGCCUGUACUUCAUUGGCUCAGAAUGUAUGAUGUUUAACAGCAUGUCACCUCUCCCUUCAAGCACACAUACUGGUCGAUCCAGUGUCAGUUGUCGAUUAAUGAUGUAUGAAGUUCAUUAGUGUACUGUAAGCCAUCCGAAAUAAUGGUUUCCAUCUACCUCUGUCUUUCAAGUAAACUACUACAUUUUCCUGAUCGUAUUACAUCAUUAAUUGCAAACAGCACACUGCCUUGGACCCAAAUCAUGAAUCUGUUCACAUAAAUGAAAAAUGAUGUGCUUCUUAUUAAUGAUUGUCCAUGAAGAGAAACACAAAACGUAGGCUGUAACUUUUAUUGCUGAUGUCUGAUUCAUUUUGAGCUUUCUUGACCAAAUGCACAGUGAUGAUGACCUGCUUUAUUAUGUACAAGUUUACAAGCUUCUUUGUUCAGCCAAACUGAACUUGGUAUUAAAACGGUUGACACUAAGCUGAGAUAGAAAGUGUUUGUGGGUCAACACAUAUCGUUUUGUUCUUUCUCUAUGCACUCGCACAGCAGUUUUCUUUUGAUGCACUCUUGUUAAGUAUUCUUGUGGUCAGUUUUCUGAAAAAUGUUCAAGUCUUUAAUUCAGAAAACACUUGAAAUGGUUUCUCUGCAUCUCGGUUGGCAGUGUUUGAGUUUUUUAGUAGAUUGUCAUUGGCACACUGGAAAAAGCUGAACUAAUUUGGUCAUUUCUCUGUUCUUAAAUUAAGCAGCUGUUGCAGAAAGGUCACUUGACAUAGGCAAACGCUGUAGUAUUCACUGCUAAAAUCAGUUUCUUUCUUGUGAAGUGUUCUUAAAAGUGCCUCUGACAGUGUUAUGGAUGUGUGUCAAUCCAUCUCUUUACCCAGCAAUAGCUUUGAAUUGAGUGUCAUGUUUUAAAGCUCAACAGCCUAACGCAUAAUUUUCUUUUAUUGACAUUGUUUUAUUUAUUUAGAUCUGGCUGCAGCACAGAUAAUCUGAGCGAUGUAGAUAAUCUGCAGGGUAUUUCACGUACAGAGCACCAGAAGGGCAGGGAGUUCGAAUAAAUGGCCAGAAAACCCAUUUCCAAGGAUCAGAGAUCAGGAUUUUGAUGCUAGUGUGUGAUUGUAUGUUACUAAAUGUAAUCAUGCAAACUGUUAUGGCGAAGGACUGUUGAUGUUUACAACCAUUGACAUGUUGCAUGAAUAUCAUGAUUCAAGUUGUACUUUGCGUACAGAAAGUUACGGUUUGUAUUUCCACACCAGUUUUUCUACACUGAGCCUGUGUUUGAAUGUGUGUAUGUGUACAAGUAUGUUUAAAGUUUCUGUCAUUUUUGAAGAAUAUUGUAUGUUCAAAUUGUUUACUGACAUAAUUCAGAUAGAUGGCAAUAAAACAAUGAUUGGGAAUUAAAAA